AGUGUGAUGCUACCGCAGCUCGGGAAGUGAUGGUACCCGGCCAGUUGGGAUACGGGGUUAAUACAGGGAUGUGCAGAUGGAGGCUGGAGGAGACACUACAGCCCCAGCCCCUGGGGACGCUGAGGACUUGGGGGACACUCGGUUCCCCAGUGAGGAGGCUGGAGAGGAUGGAGGGGUUCACGAGGACCCGCCGGAUCCUGGAGACGGGGACCUGGAGAAAACAGAAUCCGACACGAAGGAUCAGCCACCCGGCCUGCUGUCACCACUGCCCCAGUCAGGGGCCCUGUCAUGCACCUGUGGGCUUUGGGAUCCUGUGACCUCCGAGGAUAGUCCCAUGGGUGGCCCCGAGAGUGGCUCUGGGGGCCAGGGUGGGGACCCCAGUGAUGAGGACUGGCGCAGCAAGCGAAAGCACGUGUUUGUGCUGAGCGAGGCAGGCAAGCCCAUCUACUCCAGGUAUGGCAGCGUGGAGGCACUGUCGACGACCAUGGGCGUGAUGACAGCCCUCGUGUCCUUCGUACAGAGUGCAGGGGAUGCCAUCCGCGCCAUCUAUGCUGAGGACCACAAGCUGGUGUUCCUACAGCAGGGCCCACUGCUGCUGGUGGCCGUGUCAAGGACUCCUCAGUCAGCAGCCCAGCUACGGGGGGAGCUGCUAGCCGUGCACGCGCAGAUCGUGAGCACGCUCACGCGUGCAAGUGUGGCCCGCAUCUUCGCGCGCAAGCAGAACUACGACCUCCGCCGCCUGCUGGCGGGUUCGGAGCGCACCCUAGACCGGCUCCUGGACAGCGUGGAGCGGGACCCCGGGGCCCUGCUGCUGGGCGCCGUGCGCUGCGUGCCUCUGGCUCGCCCGCUGCGGGAAGCACUGGGUGCGCUGCUACGGCGGUGCACGGCGCCUGGCCUGGCCCUCUCGCUGCUGGCGAUCGGAGGCCGGCUGGUGACGGCGGCUCAGGAGCGGACUGUGUUAGCCGAGUGCCGGCUGGACCCAGCCGACCUGCAGUUGCUGCUCGACUGGGUGGGGGCGCCGGCCUUUGCGGCGGGGGAGGCGUGGGCACCCGUGUGCCUGCCCCGCUUCAACCCCGAUGGUUUCUUCUACGCUUACGUGGCGCGCCUGGAUGCCAUGCCGGUCUGCCUGCUGCUGCUUGGCACCGACCCCGAGGCCUUCCAUGACAUGGCCACCUGCAGGCGCUUGCUAGAGGAGGGCAUGCACGGCCUUGGUGCCAUGCGGGCCCUGGGGGAGGCUGCCAGCUUCUCGAGCACCCCAGCAACCAGUGCUCCCGCCUACAGUGUGCAGGCUGUGGGGGCGCCCGGCCUCCGACACUUCCUCUAUAAGCCGCUCGAUAUCCCCGACCAUCACCGGCAGCUGCCUCAGUUUACCAGCCCUGAGCUGGAGGCCCCGUACAGCAGAGAGCAGGAGCGGCAGCGCCUGUCCGACCUCUACCACCGACUGCAUGCGCGCCUCCACAGCCCCUCCAGGCCCCUGCGCCUCAUUUACCACGUGGCUGAGCGGGAGACGCUGCUGGCCUGGGUGACUUCCAAAUUUGAACUCUAUACCUGUCUCAGCCCCCUGGUGACAAAGGCAGGUGCCAUCUUGGUAGUGACCAAACUCCUGCGCUGGGUGAAGAAAGAGGAGGAUCGACUCUUCAUUCGUUACCCACCCAAGUACUCCACACCCCCAGCAGCCCCAGCUGCCUCUACAGACCAACCUUCCCAUAACGGCUUGUUCCCUGGACCUUGAGAGGCGGAGUUCUCAGAUUGGGCAGUGCUGAGAAACACCACCUUUGGUUUUUACCUUCUGUCUCUACCCUGGAAAAG